AAGACCGACAUCAAGAAGCAGGGUCUUGAGUCCAUCAAGGACCCCGUCGUGAAGGCCAACCUGAUGGGCAUCUCCCGCAAGAUGUCUGACAAGAACUGGACUGACUCCCAGGGACGCAAGGGCAAGGGCUUCGGCGUGUACCGUUUCGCCAGCAAGUACGGUGCCAACGUGGAUGGCUACUCGCCAAUUUACACCCCGGACGUGUGGGCAGAGACCGGUGACUCAUACAGCCUGGGAACCAAGGGCCUCCUCGCAUGGGCUGGCCUGGUGACUGUGCUCCUGGCUGUGGGCGCCACCCUCAUCUACUCCACUAGCCAGCUGGGCCAGUGA